AUGGCGGUGCGACAGGCGCUGGGCCGGGGCCUGCAGCUGGGUCGGGCGCUGCUGCUGCGCUUCACGGCCAAGCCUGGCCCGGCUUACGUGUGGGGGAGACCGGGCCCGGCGGCAGCGCGGGGCCGCGGAGAGCGUCCGGGCCGGGCGGCGGGACCCGGGGCGGAGCCGCGCGGGCUCGGGCUGCGGCUCCCCGAGCGCUACCGCUUCUUCCGCCAGUCGGUGGUCGGGCUGGCGGCGCGGAUCCAGCGGCAGUGGGUGGCGCGGGCCCGGGGCGGCGCGGGCCCUUGCGGCCGGGCAGUCUUCCUGGCCUUCGGGCUGGGGCUGGGACUCAUCGAGGAGAAGCAGGCGGAGGGCCGGCGGGCCGCCUCGGCGUGUCGGGAGAUCCAAGCAAUUUUUACCCAGAAAAACAAGAUGGUGCCUGACCCAUUGGACACCCGACGCUGGCAGGGCUUCCGGCUGGAGGACUAUUUGAUCGGACAGUCCAUUGGCAAGGGCUGCAGCGCCGCUGUGUAUGAAGCCACCCUGCCCACGUUGCCCCAGCACCUGCAGGAAGGAAAGCAUGUUGGGCCUCUUUCAGGACGAGGCCCACAUGUCCUGCCAGGGGUGAACAAGGAGCAGGCUCCAGGGGACCCUGCCUUUCCCUUCGCCAUCAAGAUGAUGUGGAAUAUCUCGGCAGGCUCUUCCAGUGAAGCCAUCUUAAGCACGAUGAGCCAGGAGCUGGUCCCAGCUAGCCGGGUGGCCUUGGCAGGGGAGUAUGGAGCAGUCACUUACAGGAGAUCCAAGGGAGGUCCCAAGCAGCUCGCCCCACACCCAAACAUCAUCCGGGUUUUCCGCGCCUUCACCUCAUCAGUGCCUCUGCUGCCAGGGGCUCUGGUUGACUACCCUGACGUGCUGCCCCCACAGCUCCACCCGGAGGGCCUCGGCCAUGGACGCACACUCUUCCUCGUUAUGAAGAACUACCCUUGCACCCUGCGUCAGUACCUCUGCACACAUGCUCCCAGCCCCCGCCUGGCCACCAUCAUGCUACUGCAGUUACUGGAGGGCGUGGAUCACCUGGUUCAGCAGGGCAUUGCCCACCGGGACCUCAAGUCUGACAAUAUCCUCGUGGACCUGGACUCAGAUGGCUGCCCCUGGCUGGUGAUCUCUGAUUUUGGUUGCUGCCUGGCUGACGAGAACAUGGGCCUGCAGCUGCCAUUCACCAGCUGGUACGUGGACCGGGGCGGCAACGGCUGCCUGAUGGCUCCUGAGGUGUCCACGGCCUGCCCUGGGCCCAGGGUGGUGAUUGACUACAGCAAGGCUGACACCUGGGCUGUGGGAGCCAUUGCCUACGAAAUCUUUGGGUUUGCCAAUCCCUUCUACAGCCAGGGCAAGGACCAUCUGGAGAGCCGCAGUUACCGGGAGGCUCAGCUGCCUGAGCUGCCCAAGUCGGUGCCUUCAGACGUGAGACAGCUAGUGAGGUCGCUGCUCCAGCGCAAAGCCAGCAAGAGACCAUCUGCCCGUGUGGCUGCAAAUGUGCUUCAUUUAAGCCUCUGGGGCGAACAUAUUCUAGCCGCGAAGAAUCUGAAAUUGGACAAGAUGAUUAGCUGGCUCCUCCAGCAAUCAGCUGCUGCUUUGCUGGCCAACAGGCUGAUGGAGAAGAGCUGCGUGGAAACAAGGCUGAAGAUGUGCUUUCUGGCUAAUCUGGAGUGUGAGGCGCUCUGCCAGGCAGCCCUGCUCCUCAGCUCAUGGAGAGCGGCCCUGUGAGGGCACUGCAUUACUAGUAGUAUAUUACUAAAAGAACUUGGCAGCAUCUAGGUGGCGAUGGUGUGUAAAGGCUGGGGGAAGGUGGGUGGGAGUCAGGACAAACUGGUGUGGAGGGGCUGGACAGCCAAACUGGAGGCCUCAGGUUCGGCAAACGGAGGGAAUGACUUGAGUCAGGGUUCAGGCUGUAGCUACUAAUUCUGGCUGUGUGCUUUUUGGACAAAUCCUGUGACCCAUCUGGACUUACUUAUCCCCCUAUAAAAUUAAGACAUCAGUCCACAUCAGGAGUUGGCAAGCUUUGUAGUAGAAAGCCAGGUAGGAGAUUAAACUGUUGCAGUGACACAACCCCGUCACUGAGGCACAGAAGUCAUCCAAUCUGGCUGUGUUCCAAGUUGGCUGUAUUUAUGAACCCUGAAAUCUGAUUAUUAUGUCACCAAACAUUUUACUUUUUCUAUUUAGAAACAUAAAAACCAUUUUCAGUUUGCAAGUGGCAGGCCAGUGUGGCCCACAGGCAAGUUUGCCAACCCCUGGUCCAGAUACAUUCACUAACAUAAGGCCUAACAUAAAAAGGCCUAACAUAAAAAAUACUGGUGACAAA